CCGCCCGCCCAUGCACAGACAUGACACAGACACACAGUCACUGCAGCUGCCGCUGAGCCCGGGGCAGAGCGGCAGCGGGCACCCCGCGUGCAGCACCCGCGGAGCGGCAGCCGCGGCCCCCCUCGCGGCCGCCUCCACCUCUGCCCGCGCGGCCGCCGCGAGCCCCGCCGCCAGGAAGCGGCGGCGGCGGCAGCCUCGGCUCCGAGACCCGCAGGGGGCAGCCUGGCACCGGGAGCCGCAGGGACCCGGCGGGGGAAGGCUGGCGGCGGCGGCAAAGGGGCGGGCGGGAGGGGGGGAAGGGGGCAGCUUGGCACUGAGAUCUGGAGGCGGCCGCGGGCGCCGGCACGCAGCGAGCUCGGGCGGAGCGCGGCACCCAGCGGCCGCUGAGGCCGGGCCGGUGGCAGUAGCAGCGGCCGCGGCGGUGCCGGAGAGACCCUCGCCGUGCCCGGCUUCUCGGUGCCGGUGACCUUCCCGGGGCUGCUCGCCGCCUGCCAGGCCGGGGCAGGGCCUCCUCCUCCCGCGGAGCGUGUAUACCAGGCCCCGGGGAGGGGGUAGGAGGCCGGGCCGGAAUCCCCCUUCGCCGCUGGGUCCUGCUGGCCGCCAGGUCCUGUUGGCCGCCGGCAGGGCCUGUGCACAGCGGGCCGGGGAGAGGGGCGGCGGGAGACGAACGGGACGGACGGACGGAGCCGGGCUGCCCCCCAGGAGAGCGUGGAGCAGGGAGCGGGCAGGCCCUGAAGAGAGCGCCGGGGGGGCAGGAGGAGAAGGAGGCAGCUCGCGGCUCGGAGCACCUCGGCGGCGCAUCCCAGGAAGAGCGGGGACCUCCACGGCGCUCUCCUCCUCCUCCUCCCGCCGCGGGCAGCCCUUCAUCCCGCAGAGAGUGGAGCGGGGCUGCGGGGAGGGAGCUGGAGCCGCCUGCCUGGAGCCGAGGAGGGGGAAGGACCGCUUGCCUGCGUGCGAAGGCGAGCGCGGAGCUCCUCGCCGCUGCCCGCCUGUCCCGGCCGCCCCGGGAAGGUGUCCUGUGACGGCCCUUGAUCAGCAAGGCUGCAAGUCAUGUAGAAGCCACAGUAACUGCACAGUCUCUGAUGGAUAAUUGGAUUGGGAUUAAUAUGUGGGAGGCUGUGGACUAUUUGCUUCCAACAUAGGAACAGCACUGGGUUGGCAAUCUCCACUCCUGAGAGAAUGCUGGGAAUCUGCAGAGGGCGACGGAAAUUCCUGGCUGCCUCUCUGACUGUCCUUUUUGUUCCAGCCAUUACCUGGAUUUAUCUGUUUGCUGGGAGUUUUGAAGAUGGGAAGCCAGUGUCACUGUCUCCAGUUGAAUCACAGCCCCACAGUCCUCGUUACAUGGCUUCGAGCCAGCGGGAGCGCGAGAGCUUGGAAGUCCGCAUGCGGGAGGUGGAGGAGGAGAACCGUGUGCUUCGCAAGCAGCUCAGCCUGGCCCAGAGCCAAAGCCCUGCACACCAUCAUGGCAACCACUCCAAAACCUACUCCAUGGAAGAGGGGACAGGUGACAGCGAGAGCCUGCGGGCUGGCAUUGUGGCAGGAAACAGCUCUGAAUGUGGGCAACAACCAGCAGUGGAAAAAUGUGAGACCAUCCACGUUGCCAUUGUUUGUGCAGGGUACAAUGCCAGUCGGGAUGUUGUCACACUUGUCAAGUCCGUCUUAUUUCACAGGCGAAACCCACUCCACUUCCACCUCAUUGCAGAUGCAAUUGCCAAACAGAUCCUGGCGACUCUGUUCCAGACAUGGAUGGUCCCUGCUGUGCGCAUAGACUUCUACGAUGCAGAUGAGCUCAAGUCGGAAGUGUCUUGGAUCCCCAACAAACACUACUCUGGGAUUUACGGGCUGAUGAAGUUGGUUCUGACUAAGACGCUACCUUCCAAUCUUGAGCGAGUCAUUGUCCUCGACACAGACAUAACAUUUGCCACUGACAUUGCUGAGCUAUGGGCCGUCUUUCACAAGUUCAAAGGGCAGCAGGUUCUUGGCUUGGUGGAGAACCAAAGUGACUGGUAUCUGGGCAACCUUUGGAAGAAUCAUCGUCCCUGGCCAGCACUUGGGAGGGGCUACAAUACAGUCUCUUCUUCCCCCAGCACAGCAGCUGAGGGGGUUAUCCUGCUGCUUUUGGAUAAGUUACGGAAGAUGAAAUGGGAGCAGAUGUGGAGACUUACAGCAGAGCGGGAGUUAAUGAGCAUGCUCUCCACCUCACUGGCUGACCAGGAUAUCUUCAAUGCAGUUAUCAAACAAAAUCCCUUCCUUGUCUAUCAGCUUCCAUGUUUCUGGAAUGUGCAGCUGUCUGAUCACACCCGUUCUGAGCAGUGCUACAGAGAUGUGUCUGAUCUGAAGGUGAUUCACUGGAAUUCGCCAAAGAAGCUGCGAGUAAAAAACAAGCAUGUGGAGUUUUUCCGCAACCUCUACCUGACAUUUCUAGAAUAUGAUGGGAACUUGCUGAGACGGGAACUCUUUGGCUGCCCCAGUGAGACAGACGUUAACAGUGAAAACCUCCAGAAACAACUGUCCGAGCUGGAUGAGGAUGACUUAUGCUAUGAAUUCCGUCGAGAACGUUUCACCGUCCAUCGCACUCAUUUGUAUUUUCUACAUUACGAAUAUGAGCCUGCUUCAGACAACACUGAUGUGACACUGGUGGCUCAGCUUUCAAUGGACAGGCUCCAGAUGCUUGAAGCCAUCUGCAAACACUGGGAAGGUCCAAUCAGCCUGGCACUCUAUCUUUCUGAUGCAGAAGCUCAGCAAUUUCUGCGCUAUGCCCAGGGCUCAGAAGUCCUUAUGAGCCGCCACAAUGUCGGAUACCAUAUCGUGUACAAGGAGGGCCAGUUCUACCCUGUGAAUCUUCUGCGGAAUGUGGCCAUGAAGCAUAUCAGCACACCAUACAUGUUUCUCUCUGACAUUGACUUCUUGCCCAUGUAUGGACUCUACGAGUACCUCAGGAAGUCCGUCAUUCAGUUAGACUUGGCCAACACCAAGAAAGCUCUGAUUGUACCUGCUUUUGAGACUCUACGCUAUCGCCUCUCCUUCCCCAAGUCAAAAGCAGAGCUGCUCUCUAUGUUGGACAUGGGAACCCUCUUCACGUUCAGGUAUCACGUCUGGACAAAAGGGCAUGCGCCAACAAACUUUGCCAAAUGGCGAACAGCCACCACCCCUUACCGCGUUGAGUGGGAAGCAGACUUUGAGCCAUACGUUGUUGUGAGAAAGGACUGCCCUGAAUAUGACAGACGGUUUGUUGGAUUUGGCUGGAACAAAGUAGCUCACAUCAUGGAACUGGAUGCACAGGAGUACGAGUUCACAGUGCUGCCCAAUGCCUACAUGAUCCAUAUGCCGCAUGCCCCCAGCUUUGACAUCACCAAGUUUCGCUCCAACAAGCAAUACCGCAUCUGUCUCAAGACCCUGAAGGAGGAAUUCCAGCAGGAUAUGUCACGCCACUACGGCUUCGCAGCUCUCAAAUAUCUCACGGCAGAGAACAACAGCUAGCACAACAGAGCCCGUUUACAGGAAACAGACAUCGAAGGGAGGAGCCACUUCAUGUUUGGGGUCCAGUCUUUAAACUUUGAACUGAGAAAUACUUUCUGUUUUUAUAUCAUACCUGGCUAUUCUAACAGUAGAGAUUUGAAGUGACAUGUCUUCAGACUAUGCUCAUUAGCCCCUUCCCUGACUACCCGGGGCCUUUCAGCUUUAGCAUUCGUGAGGUGUGAAUGAGAGGGGCCAGCCCCAAUCCCGUUGUACCACAGGAGGUGGGGAACAGGGAUGGGCUGGAAUGCAGUUCUCUUAACUGCAGAGCAAAGACAGACCUUCAAGAAUAUAGGAUUUCAUGUUGCUAUUUAAUAAUUUGACAUGCUUUUUAUCUGUAAAGGAAGAUCUUCGGGUCGCUGUCCUGUGAAUUUCAAAUCUGCACUACUCUAAAAGGGAACUUUCACCUGUGAACUUUCACAGUGGCCCUGUUAACAUGGAUGACCUUGUUAAUGCAGGAUGAGCCAAAGGUCUGAAUUAGCCUUGAAAAUGAAGGGGACACUUAUACAAUACUGCACUCUAGAGAAGGUGCGUUCCUGGUUUAGGUGUGUACAUGAUAUCUGUUGGUCUUUUAUUCUCAAAUUAAUUCCGUUUUAUCAGGAAAAUCCUCUAUGCCAUACCCUGCCAUUUCCCCAGUUCUAAAUGCCAUUCCUUUCCUUGCCAAGAAAAUGUCACCCUUGUGUUCCUUUCCAUCUUCAGUUCUGGUAGUCCAGUAAAGGAGAACAAUAGUUCUGCCAGAGUGUGAACAAAACUUGUUAGUGUAAGGUCUGUUUUCACCAGAGCAACUUGUUCAUGUGUGUCUUGUAAAAUAAAGGGCCUGGUUGUAACUCUUUAUCUUUUUUUAGGCAAGAAUUGGAUUUUCCGUAGAAGGCAUUUUGUGCCAGGGGAUAUUGACCUGUAGACUCUUUCAGUGCAUGUCCAUCCGUGAAGGCAUUGGGCCUUGGGCUUUAAGUGGACUUCUUUGCUGAGCAGGGAAUAUAAACAUGGCAACUAGUAGCCUGGGUGCUGUCCUGCUGCCUGCUACAAGGUCUCAGAACUACUUCGUUAAAGGAGUUUAUAAAUAAAAGGAGCAGAACUGCUAGGAAUAAACUCCUCAUUUGAGGGGGAGAAGAGAAUGUGUUGGGAAUCUGAGUGUGAGUGUUUGCUUGAAUGUGGGCUGGUAAAGUUCACAAUGUUGAUAUACACAGGAAUAUUCUGGAGGGUGGACAGGAAACCUAACAAGCAAAACACAGAAAACAAGAUGCUGGACUUUUUACCAUUUUCUUUAUUCUUCAGUAGUAACGUUGUGUUUACAUUGGAUAAGGAGAUGAGGUUUAAUGCACUACCCCUUGCAGGGCUACUUGUAAUUUCUGUUGCAGUGUUAAUAGUGAAAGCAGAAACGACUCAAUGAGAAAUGUGUCUCUCUCCCUACCCCAGACCGACAUAGACCAUACUUACUGAUGCCACUGACUAGGCUGUUAAAUGGAUCCACACUGCAUUCUGCUCACUUUAUUCCAUUUUGUUUUUCAGCCACAGGAUCUUCUACUUUCCUCCCUGCCUCAUCUCUCUAGAGCUUGGUUUUAUUUCUAACCUGACAUUUUGCGAGAGCUUUCUGUUACAGUGGGAACCACACAGUUAAAUGAGACAUUUAAACUACACAUAUCAGUUCAUCAUGCUGUGUAUAUAUAAGAAAAGCCAAAAAAGGCAACAUCUUUGACAGGAAAUAAAAAGGGGCGGGAAGCUAUGUGUAAUCAUUACAUUUUCCCUGGGAGUUUUGGCUGCAUACAAAUACAUCACUGCAUAAUUUUCCAAAGUACUUUUCUUUUGUUCCUUAUGGCUUCAUUUAAAGAUUUGCAUAAAAACCUGUGAAGAGCUGAGAAAAAGUGAAAUGACUGCUCAGUCCUGGUUAGGAUAUAUUAAAAAAAAUGACAACAACAAAAAAAAAACCCACGAUAUCUUAGCUCCCCAAAUCCCAUAUCACUCACCAUUACGGGCCCAGAUCGGUGUGACUGUUGUGAAUGAGAAGAACCCUGCAGCACUAAGUCCUGUUGAUCAUAUGAUGUGAAGAAAGACAUCACAAGCUUAUCCUAAGAGAGGCUGAAUACUGGCUGUACCCACAUAAAAUCUCCAGGGCUUCAGUGUAACCACCAUUAAGUUUUAUAUAUACGUAAAACUUUCAUUUCCAGAUGUGCAUCUGUCCUUGGCUUAACAGUGUUGGCCAGAGAUGGAAUAGAUUGCUCUGCAACAGUACAGCCUGUAGCAUGGACCUGUACAUUACUGGGGUGUGCCAUUAUCAACACUAAUGUUAGCCUCUCCUCGAUGCUCAUGAGGUGGGCAUGGGGGAUUGGGGAGGUAAUCAUUUGUUACUUUCCUAUACGUGCAGCAAGUUGUGGGACCUCCCAGAUAGGAUUAGGUGUGCUGGCUGCUGUAACCAGCUCAGAGAUUGCUAGUUUUUUCAAAGAGUCCAUUCUUUUCCUUACAGACACUGUGUGACUUGUAUCUGUCAGGUCAUGUUUGUCUACAUGCUUCAUAAUUUGAGAGGAAUGGGGGCUGGUUUUAGUACAUUUCAGCCAAUUUACCUGAUAGCAAAUUAGGCUUACUUGCCUGUCUCUAACUGCCAGGACUCCUCCAACACCAUGAAAAAAAACAGCAACAGCAAAAAUCUCCAGCCCAGUUACAACCCUGACUGUCUUCCAGUCCUCUGCUAUAGUAGAUGUUUGUUAGCAACUUUGUUACUUAAUUCUCAGAUUUCUCCUGAACUCAUCCAGAAACAUCAGAUACUGGUGACUUAAUGCCUUUGAUUUAUUGAUUUCUUCCAUCAACUUUGCUCUUGAGUCUUCAGUCUACGACCUCUCCUUAUCUUUGUUAUUUGGAAAGUGCGAGUAUCAUUUAAAUAUCACUCCAACACCCUCUCUGGUGAAGACUGAUGCAAAUAAAUCAUUUAGAUUCUUGCCAAUGACCUUAUUGUCUUUAAUUAUUCCCUCUAUUUAUUGUUUGGGGUGGCCUACACAUUAUCUCAGGUUUUCUGGUUUUGAUGUACUGAGCAAAUGUGUAUUUUCAGUUUUAACUUUCUUGUAUUUGCUCUCCAAAUUCUCUCUUAGCUUGCUCAAUUUCCAUCUUAACUAUUAUAUACUUUCCUUUCAGCUUUACAAAGUUUUGAUUUUCAUUCUCUGAAGGUUCCCUAUUUGGUCUGAAUAACUUCUGAAAUUUACAACUGAAUCAUACGAGCAUUUUCUUAUCCUUGUCUUUCAUUUGUCUAGGGGAAUUCCAUACUACUUUGCUGCUCAUAAGCCUCUUCCAUUUUGAAUCUGAGGAUUUUAGUUAGUUUAUUUAGGGCUUCAGAUUCUUCCUUUAAAAGAAAAAAAGGUGUUUUUUUUGUUUUUAAUUUUUUAUAUCUAAUUUAAUCCAACGAGGUUGGGGGGGUGAAUUUUGAAGAAAUUGUGUUUUUAAUCUUUCUAAAUGCUAACCUUCUCCUAGUCAAGGGAUCAAAAAUAAAAUCCUACAAAAUUCUUGCAGUCUUCUAAUUUGAGAUCUUAACUUGACACAUUUUGUUUUGUGUCUCCCUUUUCCUCUCCAUUCCAAAAAUGUUAACUCACUUGAGUCGCUAGAGCCUUUUCAGCCCACUAAGCCUCUUCCAGCACCAGAAUCUUAAGUGUGUAUUUCCAAAUCCAGUAUCCCAUCACCUUCUGACAUCCCGCCAUGUUUCAGCCAUAAUUACUUUUCAAAUAAUAUGCUGGCAGGUGCCUAAUCCUCCUUUUUUGUUUUCAUGCUUCUCCCUUUGAUAUAAGAGGCACUUCAAUUUAAGUUUUAGGCAAAGUACUUACCUUUAGUUCCUUAUCGUAACCCUCUAAUAUGCUUCCAUAAUUUAUCUCUGUCAUCACAAUAUGUACCUUCAAAUGUUUGGCUGUAAUUUCCAUCCUAUCAUUUUUCUGGCUGAGAGUUAUCUAAUAUUUGCCUACCUGACAGCCCUAGAAAAUGUCUUUGUUUAUCUUGAAUAGUCCUCAGUAUCUAUCAAAUUUUUUCCAAGUUCUACUUUCCGUAAUUCCUUCCAACCUUGCCAGUUUCCUUUGCGAGCAAUCUGGUUCCACUUGCGAUGUGUCAUUUUUAUUUUAUUUGUAAUCAUCAUCUUGGACUCAAUGGCAUAAAGGAGUUAGCAGCUGUACCUGCAGUUCCACCACUUUUUUUUAGUUCAAAUAUCAGAUGUGCUCACCUUAUUUCUAAAAUACAGAUUUUUUACCUGAUAGGCUUCAUGUGGUUUAUAUGUAAAUCAUAAACUGCAUUUUCCUUAUACUGGUACAAGUGAAGGCACUUUGUAGUGUUAUUUGCGGUAGCUUUUGCAGCACAGUAAGUUAGAGGGAAAAGCUCAAAAACCGUGUCAGGGUUGUAGCUAGUGUUUCUCUCCAUAGGGGAAAUAAGGCCCUAGCACAGCUGAGCCAUCAAUUUUACAAAUGCCUUGCACAAAACACAUUGCACAUUAUUUCCUGGUAGGUAUAAUCAUACAUCGUCCAAUUAAAUAUGAAAAAUACAUUUUUAAUGUUCUCAUUUUUACAUGCGAUUCUAUCCAGAAGAUAAUGUGUUUCCUUCUGUAUCUUGCCAGUUUCCCCCAUUACUGCAGCCUGCCUAAUAGCCCCAUCUGUUUUUGGCUGAGAAAGAUUAAUGACCAACAGCACAGGGAGUCCUGGCAAAUCAACAGAGACAUUACUCUUAGGGAUUGCACAAGACAUUCCUUCCUACUCUGCCAGAUAUUGUAUGGGUGUUCCUCAGGUUUCAGCGCAGCGUCAGGAAAACACAGCAAGCUCAGCAAGUGGGGAGAGAAUCAUUAUUUAUGAACUUCAGCAAUAUGUUAGAUGGUGGGAUUGCAAAAAAAAUAAUGUAUUGUUGUUAGCUCAAAGAAUAUUUCAAUUUUUGAAAAAGAAAGCAGCUGAGUUUCUGCAUCUCCAAUAAACAGGACUGGAACAAAUAAGUCACUCGUAGGCAAACAGCCAAUAAACUAUUAUUUCCACUUAUAGUAUUGAAGAUGCAGAAACACUCAUGGGUAAAUGAAGUAAUUUUUACAUUAGUAAUUCAAAAUGUAUAUUUAGACCAUGUGUACAUCCAAACAGGUGAAUCGGGGAUUAUUUGAAGAUUGUUACUUUGGUUCACAAUAUAAAAUUAGGUUUGGGAAAGCUGCUGGCUGUGUACAGCAAAUUCAGAAAUGCUAGGAAGUGCUGGGAAAUUCAGGAAACACUUACGAAUGUGGAUUUAGAAAUACCCAGCUUUCACAGGGACUUGUUUUCACAGGAUGCAAAGGAUUUGCAACCCAGGUUAAGAGCUUAUUAUAUUUUCAGUCAUGCUGUACUAUAGUUUCCACUCUAAGGAUGAGAACAGCCCCCUGACUCCCAACUAAUUACUGUUUCAGUAGGGUGAAAAUGUCCUAAACUUCUGCAACAUGGAUUUGUGGGAAAUCACUGUGCAGUUGGCAAAGGGUUCAUCUGAGGUCCAGAGUCCUUUGUCACUAGAUACCAGAUUUCAAUCCAAAAGAAAUAGUUCUGACUUUGGCCUGUCUCUCUAAUCAGAUGCAAAGUUACCACCCUCACCUAGUAUAUUCAGGAAGUGCCCAAAUAAAUGAGGCAAAGUAAUUCAGACUAAGCUAAGCCUAUUCCUUAGUAUUAUGGCAGCGUAAUUCUCAGACAAUGGAUGUGUGCACCUUCAACACAAACCAUUAUAUCCCAUGACUCUUGCUAUGGUUGCAAAGUCAGUCAUAUGAAAGUUAUAAGAUAGGAAAAUUCAAGUUGCUGGUAGAACUGGUGCUUUGCUCAUACAACUUCUUUCUGUCCCAUGAUAUGUAUGUAUUAGGACAUAGUCUCUAGUUACACAAUCAUUUGCCUGGAUUUUUUAGAGAACUCUGCUUCUUUCUAUGGUCAGAGCAGAUGAUACUCAGGGAAUGAAGCAGCUGGGUGAUAUGGCCUUUUAUUCUUGCUCUCAUUGAGCUCUUCAUAACACGUUAGCUGCCUUGAUUCUGAGCAUAGCCAGGCUUUGUGUCUCCUCCCCACCCCCCAAAGGAUAGGUUUAAACUGUGAUUUAAGAAAAUCAAUUGUCCCCUGUGCCCUCAGGCUUUCUGAGCAGAAUGCCUGCAGUUCUGUUCUACAGGCUUUUCUUAUGUGGAGGGAUCCUACGGAGCUGAUGGAAAUUACACAGGCAGAGGGCUCAUAGCAUUCAGCCCUCAGACUAUGAAUGCCAACAGCUGAAUGUGCAAGAGCGAUGAAUCUCAGCUCUGACCAAGGCUACAGCAUGUCUGCCAUCCCUUUGGGAGCGCUCUUUAAAGGCUAUCAGCACAGUCUGUCAGUAAAGCAGUGAAAAACAUCGUGUAAAUAAGGAGUUAGGGGGAGCAAGUCUGUUAUUUUAAAUAACUGAAAUUUCAGAGGGAUGAGGAAAGUCCCUCAGAAGACAUGUUCAUAGGAUUUGUGGGUUUGAUUAAAGUCAUUCUGGGUCUGUGGCAUUUCAGUUUUAAACAGUGGCCUAUGUGGCCUAUCUGUAGUAAAUUAAAUUGUUGUAAAAUUUGUGAAAGUCAGCACUGAGAUUAAACCAUCCUCAGUGCAAAGAUGUCUAAUCUGUUUCGAUUCUUUGGGUUCCCACAUUGCUUCUCUGGUGCUCAUAAAAAAAAUAUAAUAACAGCGUGAUAACAGUAGCAGGCUGAAUAUCCAGUCUUUUUAAAAAUGUCUCCACCUUAAAUCAGCGCUUGGGUCAAUGGUUGGGGCAAAGCUGGAGAUAGCAAGUUUCGCAGAAUUUCUUUUUUUUUUUUUUUUUGAUUUGCCUGUGGAUCUGUUGUUACAGCAGUGGUCUCCAACAAUGCAAUAAGAAAAGGAAAAACUAUCCAGUGCCCAUUGCUCUAUGAACUCUUCAUCCACACAGAACUAAAUACCAGCAGCAAGAAGGAAGCAGCACAUCUAUCUGCUUUGAGGUUUUUUUAGAUGGCAAUAGUGAGUUUGGUAUUAAAUCUGUUAUUCGAAUAGACUUUGCUGAGCUUUUCUGCAUUUUAGGUGGAUACCCACAGAGGGUGACAGAGGCCCCUUGACGUUACAUCGAGAUGGGACUCAGCAGUUUGCAGGUUCAGAAUGGAGCAGGAGAUAUAUGUAUUUUCCCUUCACACCUUGCCCAGUGUUUACUGAUUAUAUUGGCAGCAAUUAAUCCAGUCGUUUUGAAAGCUGGUGUUCAGGCUGAGCAGCAAGUUUCUACUGUUGUGUAAGAGGACAGAUAGAUGAACAAAGUGAAGCUUUCUUUUCAUAACAUCAAAGAGUAUUGUUUGUACUGGUUCACAUGGCUCUCCGUGGUGUGGAGAGUUUAUGUCUUUUACUUUUCACAGUUAGGGUUUAUUUGAAGUACCACAAAGGCAAUCUGAAAGGAGCAAUGAGUUCUGUAAGGACCCUCAAGGAUUAGCAUUCAUGGCGAUUCAUCAGUGCAGCCUAUUCACCGGGUUAACCUGCCAGGUUUCAUCAUGAAAGCAGAUAAUACAGGCACUGUCAUCUUCUUUCUGAUUACACUUAAUAGAGCAAAAUAAAUGCAUGUAAUAAAAACAACCCUCUGAAUCAGAUCACUGAGGACCCAAAUACUUUGUAAGUAAUUCUGCUGCUUUCAUUACCAUUUUCAUAUAUGAAACUAGCAGACUUUGCAAAACCUUUUUUAUUUUCUUAAGCUGAUACUGCUUUCUUCUGCAUCAGUCAGACUUGAAAAUAUUACAGCAUUUUCUGAGGCAAAGAAUAGAACUGAGGGGAUCUUGAGGUCUCCUAAGCACUGCUGUAAUAAGAGAUGGCCUUUCCUGUUGCCUGGAGGAUUGCCCUUUGCCUUUGUGCUAUCACUGGUUUUAUUUCUAUCUUAGCAGAGUCUCUUCUUGUAAGUAUGAAAGACCACUGACUUGUCCUAUCCCAUUGGGUGAGUUCAGUACUAAAGCAAUACUGACACAUUAUGCAUCUGGCGUGGCACCUAGGCCGCCACACAAGUUUAUUCUGCAAGUUUUUCCUAUUUCAAGUCUAAACCUGAGAGGAAAUUGAGCACUUGGAAGCUGUAAGAAUCAGAUCUCUGUAUUUUAUUUGUAAUACGUUUAUAUUUAAACGUUUCUGUCCCCUACACCUAUCUAUGCUUCUCUAUAUAUCUUCCAAAAAAAUACUGUUUUGAGAGAAGGAGAAUCAUUGCCGGCAAUCCAAGGAGGUUGAAAGCAGCAGUAUUUGUAAUGAUAGGUAACUUACUUGGGCCAUAUAUUUUUGCACAAGUUUCUACAAUUUACAGAUUUGAUACAAUCUCUGUAAGGCUCAAUUUCAGGAGCCUUCCUCAGGCAGCCCAUCCUAGAGUUACCACUUUUUCCCCCGUUGCCAUCCCUCUCUACCCCCAAUCCAUGUUUAUACCAGCUUUAGAUAGAUGUUGGCAGAUAUUUUAAAGACAGUAUAGACACUUUCUAUGGUCUUGAGAAGCAGUUAUGAAGAUUUCAUAGAAAAAAGAUGUCUCUCCAUUGCUGGGUCCCUAAAAAUAGUAGGAACUCACUUAAAAAACAAAUGCUUGGGCUGCUGUGGAAGGGGACAGAGAGACCUAGGUCUUUAAUAUGUUUAAUGCCAGAAGGAAGUCAGGUGCUCAGUGACACAUCACUACAACUUGGUAGCCAUGCUAAGAUGGUGAUGGUGAUUAUGUGCCACUGAAGAAGAAAUGACACCAAGUGAACCUGACGUCCAUCAUUUGGUCUUAGGUCAUAGGUUUUCCUUGACUUACACUUUGUGAAUUGCCUUUCACAAAGCCAUCUCCCAGUAGCAUAUUUCCCACUGGACCAUCACUAACUAGCUCGGCAAGUCUGAAAAUAUUCCCUUUCCUUCCAAACUCUCUAUAGAUCAUGUUAGCCUCACUUACUCUAUUUCUCAGCCAUUCAUCAGAAAAGGUCCCACAGCCUGAAGAAAGCUAGCAGGUGCUGAGUGUAUUUAGAAGGCAGCAAGUGAUCUAAAUAGCAAAUACAUUUUGUAAUGCCAGAAUCCCUAAGUUUUUAGAUGCCCAUCUGGAAGCCUUCAGGUGAGAUUCAUCCCAUGCAACUUGGCAGCUGUUUGAGACCCUUAAUGUUGGAGUUGGUCCCCUAUCAAUGGAGUGAGAUGGACUUGUGUAGGGAGCACUUCUGCUCACCUAAGCUCUAACUCAUCUUCUGCUCCCAGACCAGCAGGACAGACGGAAGUGUUGACAUUCCCCACUCCAGUGCCUCAGGUACGCACUGGCCAGCAUGAAUCAAAGCUGGGCCUGGAAGCCUGUUUCAGAGCUAUCAAAAACCACCUACUCAUUUGCGAUUGUGGGUAUCAAAAUCCCCUGGAAACUAACCACUAAGUACUUCAAGACUGCACACUCAAAAUUAGCUGACAAACUUGAAAACAACAACCUAUACAAUGAAAAAAUAUGUGGGUGGAUCAGGCAGGGAAGGGGAGUGAUUUGUGGGCUCUGGAGACUGUGAUACACAUUGCGAUAGACAGCUUGUGUGAACAGCUAGGGAGAUGCUGGUUUUCAGGAUAAAGCUAUAAGCUUCAUAAUGAUUGUUAAAAUAUGACCCUAGGCAUUGCUGGUCAAGCUGUGCAACGUUCAUUGCAUCAUAUAACCACUGUGUGAUUUUGCUGCGAGCAGCGGCAGCAUUUGCUAUGUGUCAGCCAGCACUUUUCCAAAAGUGCAGGUAAGGAAUCCCUAAGAAAGAAGGAAAAACCCCACAACCCAUGUGUGUUCCUUCUUAAGACUCCAGCCUCACUUCAUGUACAUUCUCAAAGGGAAAACUGGAAUGUCGUGACCUUUAAGGUGAAGCAGGCAUGAAACAAGGCUUGUCAUUUUCUUGCAAGGCUUGUUGCACUGAAGGGUUUUGCAUCUUAAGAUCACCACCCUGUCAGUACAUUUCCCGACUGGAUGGCCUUCUGCCUGAACUAAUACUGAACCCUUCUGUUUCUCUCCCCAGGUUGGGGAAAGAUCUUUAAGCAACAUUUCAGAGAAGAAAAAAGAAAACAUUUCUUUUUUCCUUACCCUGCUCAUGUUUCCCAAGCACCUCCUCCCCUCCAGGGUUGUUAGACUGAGGCAACUUGCAUUUAACACAAACCACUUAGUUUACCUGUAUGCUUCGGUCCAUGUGUAAGUUUUCUAGGUGACAAUUUUAUUGGGGAAAAUGCUGUUUAGAUUGUGUGUGCAAAAUAAAUGGCUUGUAAAUAUGAAAAAAAGGUUAAUUUUCAGUUGUGCAAUAAAAUUGUGAAAUAAUCCUCUCA